GUUAUGCAUCUGCACAGAGAGAAGUUGGUUCCAACAUUGCAUCUCUUCAGCCUCAAGUUGCUGCUGGCCAGUAUGCUCCUGCACCUUCUCUGGAUGUUAAAGUGCCCGUGUACACUCAUGCUACCUCAAGUGGGUCUUCCAUGUCUUCGAGCCUGCAGUCUCAGACCUGGCAGCCUACUACCUCUAGGAGGAUAUAUAGCAGUUUUCCAACUUCCGGUGCAGCUCUGACGCAGACCAGCUUUUCCCCUCCAAGUGUCCAGAGUUCCAGUAGGUUUUCCUCAGUGGCUGGAGGUACAAGUCGGCUUCUCACACAGAGUAGGGGCAGUUACACUGGCUCGUCUCAGUCCCUGGGCAGUGUUGGACGGUACACCCCUGGUUCCCCUGCAUAUGCCAAGUUUGGUGCCUCAUCUCUUGGCGUUUCUAGCCAGUCUACUAGUGGUCAGAGCUCUUCCAGCCAGCAUUCACCACUCUCUUCAACUGAAGCUGGUGGACAACCAACAUCUUCCAGUGGCUAUCUGUCUGCGCAGGGAGAAAGCAGUUCUUCUGUUGGGUCCUCUCUCCUGUCUCAAGGUGCUUUGGCCAAGGAGGUCCUUGCACCUAAGGAUACAAGCAUGUCUUUUGCUAGCCAGACUGCAGCAGUUUCAAGUGGCAUUCAGGUCACUGAUGCAGCAUUUCAGAGUGGCUCUUCUCAAGCUUCCAGUAGCCUUUCCUCUUUGCAAGCUUUAAGCUCUCCUGUGGAUUCUGUGCCCCAGAGUGCAUCUGUUAGUAGCCAAGUGUCACCUUUUGGACACCCCACCAGUUCCAUGACUCAGUCUUCAGGCUCAAACGUCCAAGCAGCUUCAGAAGGUGUGUCUUCUGCUUCAUCCCAAGCUCAAACUUUGAGUGAGUCUGCUGGUUCUGGAGCAAGUGUUGAAAGUCAGGGAAUGUUUGGUGGUUCCACAUCUGAGCUAUCCGGUAGCUAUGAUUCCUCACUUGGCCAGAGUGCUGCAGUCUCCACGCCAUCUCUGGGCUCCUUGAGCAGAUACUAUGGGGUUAAGGGCUAAUGGACUUGUUCCAUAUGGUACUUUGUUGCAACGUUUUGUGACUUGUGAUUCAAUAAAUGUUUUG